AUGACUCUCAACAUGAUCAAGAGCCUGACUCUGCUUGCGACCUUCAUCGCCCUUGUUGUGGCUCAAGGCCACCAGCAGUCGCCCGUCUCGUUUACGAAACAUGUGAUGAGUGAGUGGCAAGUGCAAACAUCGCAUCGGUGGUCGCUGCUAAGCUUUGAUUGGGAUAUUGCCUUGCCGUGACGUCGCAGAGGUUACGAUCGGUGUUGCCACGGACCAAAGCUGCGGCACGUUCCCGCAGGCUCUUACCUGCUGGAUCGAUGCUUGCAAGAAGAAAUCCAAGGGUCAGGCAAAGAUCAACAAGCUUUCGCCGAUCGAUGGAGUUGAUGAUACAUUCCUGGCCGAAUGCUCGUAGUGAGUCUCCGGGCCUGUGAGUGUGAAUACAAGCGCACGCGCGCAUGCUGACGCGCUGCGGUCGUGCUGCAGCUGGAGGCUCACUCCAACGAUCGACUGGACAGCCACGGUGAGCGCGUGCCAGCUCGUCUCACCAAAAUUGACCCGAGAUACUGACAUGCGGCCUCUUUGCACGUUCUCAGGUGGCUGGGGACCUCGGGUUUGGCGCCGCCUAG